GGGAAGGAGCUCUGCCUCAACUCCUCCCGGAACGCUCCUCGCGCGCUGGGCCCUCCUCCGGGAGCGGAGAAGUUUCGUCACAGCAGGACGCGUCGCAAUUUGCGGGUGGAGGAGGAAGAGGCGGCCCUCUCUUUCCUUGCCAGUCUAACGGAAACCCGGAACUGUGAUCGUCAGGAGGGGCCUCUUCAUUUGAUAAGCGGCGGAGCGGUUGGUUUUCUUCGCCGCUGAGGUCGGUCGGGGCAAUGGCGGCGAUGGGAAUGGCCGACCCGAGCUUCUUGUGGGGAGUCUUCCAAAGGGUUGAUAAGGACCGCAGUGGCAUCAUCUCAGACGUCGAGCUCCAGCAAGCGCUCUCUAAUGGAACAUGGACUCAAUUCAAUCCAGCAACAGUUAGAUCUAUCUUAUCCAUGUUUGACAGAGAGAACAAAGGUGGUGUGAACUUCAAUGAAUUCACCGGAGUCUGGAAAUACAUAUCUGACUGGCAGAAUGUCUUUCGCACGUAUGAUAGAGACAAUUCUGGAAUGAUUGACAAACAUGAACUAAAGCAAGCACUAACAGGUUUUGGUUAUCGACUAUCUGACCAAUUCUACGAUCUCCUUAUUCAGAAGUUUGACAGACAAAGAAGAGGACAAGUGGCUUUUGAUGACUUCAUUCAGUGUUGCGUUGUCCUACAGAAAUGGACCGAUGUCUUCAGACGCUAUGAUACUGACCAAGAUGGAUGGAUCCAAGUGUCAUAUGAGCAGUAUCUCUCCAUGGUCUUCAGUGUUGUAUGACAGCAAAAACUGUUCCAUUAGAAUAUGGACCAGAAUUGCCAACUUUCUUGUAUACCAAAACAAAAAUGGAUAAUUUUUCACUCUCUCAAAUGUUGUAUAGAGGAUCGUUAGAAUUUUACUAAUAAUCAUGACCAUUCUAACUGCUGCUUUGAAACUUAGCAUUGCAUCAUGUACAUUAGAUUUUUGGAAGUAUCUGAAAUGCCAAACAGUAGUAGCAAUGCAUGUGCCUUAUUUACUUUUUAAAAGAAAUUUAAAUGCCCGAAUUAUGUUUUAUUUCCAUAUCAAGAAUGAUUUAAAAUUUACAGUGUUUUUAGCUGUACAUUACAUGUUUGCUGUAGCUACAGUGGAGGGAUACGAGUGUUUUUUUAAUUCCUUCAUGCAUUACAAUUUGGUGCAUGGAGACACUAUGAAUGUUCCAUAACUCUGUGUUGUGUGCAGUGAGAUGCCCUGCCAUCCUCUCCAGCUUAUCAUCCCUGCAGCUGUCCUGCAUGCAAAGGUAAUACAACCAGCGAAAAGCCCAAAUUCUAAACCGGGUAAGGCAGGGACGUCAUUUUGCUAGGGGACUGUUGGUAGUGCAACACUGUUGGUGCCUUGGUAGCCUAUAGCAAAAAAGUAAAUCAAGAACUGAGGGAUCUUAGUAACCAUCA